GGGCGGUGGCGAUGGCGGCGGCGGGCGGGAGCGGACGGAAGCUGCCGCCGCAUUCGCCCUCGGGCCCGGUGCUGCAGACGGUGGAGAUGCACACGGGCGGCGAGCCGCUGCGCAUCGUCCCGCGGCUGGAGGCGGCGGAGGAGGCGGCGGCGGCGGGGGAGCUGUCGCUGCUGUCCCUGCGGCGGGAGGUGGCGGCCGCGCAGGACCACGUGCGGCGGGCGCUGAUGCACGAGCCGCGGGGCCACGCCGGGAUGUACGGGGCCGUGGUGGUGACCCACGGGGCCGCCGCCGCCGGCGCCCACCUGGCGGCCCUCUUCCUGCACGGGGCUGGCUACAGCGCCAUGUGCGGCCACGCCGUCCUGGCCCUCGGCCGCUUCGCCCUGGACUACGGGCUGGUGGCGGCGCCCAGCAGCCCCGAGACCGCCGUCCGCCUGCAGUGCCCCUGCGGGCCCGUCACCGCCUUCGUCCCCUGGGACGGCCGCCGCAGCGGCAACCCCGUCCGCUUCCACAGCGUGCCCGCCUUCGCCGCUGCCACCGACUUGGCCGUUGACGUCCCCGGUCACGGGAAGGUGAUGGUCGACAUCGGAUACGGUGGCACUUUCUACGCCUUCCUCAGUGCUGAGCAGUUGGGCCUCGAUGUCUGCUCUUCAAAGACCAGAGACCUCGUCAGCGCGGCGAGCGCGGUGACGGAAGCGGUGAAGAAACAGUUCAAGCUUCAUCACCCUGAAAGCGAAGACCUGGCUUUCCUUUACGGCACCAUCCUGACAGAUGGGAAAGAUGCCUUUAGUGAGGAGCCCACCACCAACAUCUGCGUGUUUGCAGAUGAACAGGUCGACCGAAGUCCGACAGGUUCAGGUGUGACAGCUCGUAUCGCCUUGCAGUACCAUAAGGGACUCAUCCAGCUGAAUCAGACCAGAAGCUUUCGGAGCAGCACCACGGGGUCCCUGUUCACUGGGAAGGCAGUGAAGGAAGCCAAGUUUGGGGACUACAAUGCUGUCAUCGUGGAAGUCUCGGGAGAAGCCUUUUACACUGGUACAGCCACUUUCACUGUUGAAGAGGAGGACCCACUGAAGUAUGGCUUCUUCUUCAAGUGACCCGAGCCAUGGAGCAGUGGCAGAGUCUCACUCAUGAUGCUACGCUUCUUCUGCCCACGCAUUUCUGUUCUGCUUCUCCACACAGCUCGUUGCAAUAUGCCAGAGUAACAGGAUCAGCCUUUGGUGGUGUGUCAGUGUCAGCCGUGUUUCAAGAUAACAGGCAGUGUUCCUUCGCUGUGAUUAGCAACAGGCUGCUCUGAGAAGCCAUAAUCUUUUUCUUCUUUUUUUUCUUUUUUCCCCAAUAAUUAUUUGCAGAAAAUGGAGCUGAUCUUGGAGAGCUGUCUUAAAGUUCAUGUGCCUUCUCUACAUCUGCAAAUUACUAAUUUCAAAGCCAGCUUCCUAUUAAAAGCCAGCUGAAGACAC